AUGGGUAAUCAACAACCUCCCGGUCGUACUCGAAGUGAUACAUAUACACGAUAUGAACGAGAUGGUGAAGACGGGCGUUACGUUACAUUAGAGGCGGAUGACGCGAAGUCACAUGAGGAAAGAAUUUUAUCUCGCCAUGAUCCCAGUCUGUUACUACGUCCUCGUAAUUCAAAUCGUGAAAAAGAAAAAAAAACAAUUCCUGUUGUAUUUCGUUAUCCAGCUUCUCCAAAAGACAAAGAAGCACAAUUAAUCGGAUCAUUUACAAAUUGGAAAGAACUUGUCCAAAUGGUCAAAAGUGAUAACGAUUUUGUUACCAUUGUUGAACUACCAGAAGGAAAGCAUCAAUAUAAAUUUAUUAUUGAUGGACGAUGGGAAUACGACUCGUCAGAUCGUAAUAAUGUGAUAACAGUUAAAAAAAGUGAUUUUGAAGUGAUGGAAGCUUUACGUAUAGAUUCAAUCCAUACGAAUAAUCAAAAUCAAAAUACAUCAAAUUCGACAAAUAAAUCUCAAUCUACGGAUAUGGAUCUAGCUCGUUCUCCACCCGGUACUUAUGAUCAAAUUUGGCCACCACCAAAUAAAGAUGAAUUUUCUCCUCAUGAUAAACCACCAUUGUUACCACCACAUUUACUACACAUUAUUCUCAAUAAAGAUACAUCAGCACACUGUGAACCAGCUUUAUUACCUGAGCCAAAUCAUGUCAUGUUAAAACAUUUAUAUGCAUUAUCGAUCAGAGAUGGAGUAAUGGUACUUUCUACUACCACUCGUUAUAAACAAAAAUAUGUGACAACUUGUUUUUAUAAACCAACUGAAAAAUAA